GGAACUCGGGGAUAAAAAACGAGCUCCGAGACCGUAUUUAGUUUAUGUCAGGGACCAUAAACUAGAUAUCGUUCCUUUAACAUAUCAUAUUGAUGAUGAUUUGGAAUGGGACAAUUUUACUCUAACCUACUUAUUUUCAACAGUACAGUCCAAAAUAUAUUUAUAACUAACCCAAGAUAGUUAAUCUGUGUCGUUUUCAGUGGGAGAAAAUGAAGCAUAGUGGGCAGAACAGGGCAGAGCCAAGCACGAGCUAGCGAGAUCCUAUUGGCACGUUGUAACAUUUAUUUGCAUAUUUCCGUUAGGGAACGCCUCCUCUGUGAAAUGCGCGUGUGCAGAAUCUCAUUUAGACCUAGUACUCUUUCUUAACAGCGCCCUUUUUUCUUUUUUUUCUUCUUUUAAAAAAAAACUUUGUCAAAGAGUCAAAUCUGUAAAAUAUAGUGCACUGUGUUCGUAACAGAUUCUAGUUUUUGGAACAGAAAAAUGUAUUGAGAUCAGAUGUUUCAUCAAUGAGAAAAUUAGAAGAAUGUCGGCCCAGUUCCAGCCAGUUCCAUCCUCUCCCACUACCCGCGACUGGACUUCCUCUCACCACCAUAUUUGGGGGGUGAGAAAACGUUCUAAACGGAUGCUUCGACUUUAUAGCUCCUGUGACGUAUCUGAGUUACCCCUUCUGUCUGUGGUACGGUUGACAGAGAUGAGGUAAGGGGGGCAGGGGAUGUCUAUGAGGGGGCAUACAGGAGGAGAAGGAAACGUGCCACAUCGAUAAAGGUCACAGGUGUGUGAUAGUGAAGGGGGGCUGGACUGCGUGGGAAACUCAGCUUCUAUUCCCAUCCCAGCUCACAGACAUCAUACCUAGCCAGCAGUCAGCUCACAGACAUCAGACAUAGCUUACAGUCAGCUCACAGACAUCAGACCUAGCCAGCAGUCAGCUCACAGAGAGACAGAACAAAUGUGGUUGUAUUUAGUCAUCUUUGGAUGUCUGUCACUGUGUGUCCCUGCUCCAACGGUGGAGCAGGGAAGGAGUUGUGUGUUCCUGACCAGUUCCCGUAACUCCAAGAACAUGGAGGAGGGUCGCGUUAACGGUACAAUCCAGUACUGUGCCCACGCUAACUGCUGUGUCGGCUUCUUUCGUAUUAUCGAGGGCCAGCCAGUGGCAGAACUACAAGGUUGCAAAAUGGUAGUCGGUGGCUGCCUAGAUUCUACCUGCUUUACAUCAACCACCCAUUUAGACUACAUCAGAUGUGAGUGCAGCUCAAACCUCUGUAAUGGCAACAUCACGUGGAACCCAGAAGAGAAGCAACCUCAACUCAAACACUCAUCUCACUCUGCAGACAUGGUCACGGCCACUGUGGUUGUCCUUGGGAUGUUACUGUGUACCCUAGUGGUGGCAGUUAAAUGCAGACAUCGUUUCAGAGGUUACGAUGACAAGCAGCAUCUAUCUCUGCCAGAGGAAUCUCUGACCUCACUGUGCUCAUGCCACAUAUCAAAACAGUCUGAUAUGGACCUGACCAGCCUGGAACUACAACAGGAAAGUAUUUACAUUGUGGGUAGUGGUCACUUUGCGUCGGUGUGGCAGGGAAGCUACCAAGGGACUACGGUGGCUGUGAAGGUGUUCCCCACCUGGUGCAGACAGGAGUUCACAGUGGAGAGGGAAGUGUACGGACUACCACACCUGGUGCAUGCUGGGAUUGCUCACUUCCUGGGAGCUGGCAGGAAGUCAGAUAGCGGAGACUGUGUCCUGCUCCUGGAGCUAGCCACAUGCGGCUCUCUCAGCUCCUUCCUGUCCAAGAACAGCAGUGACUGGACGACAACACUGAAGCUGGCCCAGUCUCUGUCUGAGGGACUGGCUUACCUCCAUUCUGACUUCUACAGGCAUGGGGUGCACAAGCCAGCGGUGGCCCACAGAGAUCUCAGUAGUAACAACGUGCUAGUGAGGGACGAUGGUACCUGUGUCCUGUGUGACUUUGGCUCUUCCACCAUCCUGCGCUCAUGCGCCGGUCCACACAGCUGGCAGCGCUACAUGGUUAACGUACAGAGCCAGGUGGGGACGUUGUGCUAUAUGGCCCCCGAGCUCCUGGAUGGCUGUGUGAACCUGAGCAGUGGCUGGUGUCUCAUACAGGGAGACGUCUACUCCUUAGGAACGCUGCUUUGGGAGAUGCUGAUGCGCUGCUCAGACCUUUUCAUAGGCUGCCCAGUGCCAGAACACAGACUGCCUUAUGAAGAGGAGCUAGGGGCCAGUCCUUCUUUAGAGCAGCUCAUAGUCCAUGUAUCUGAGAGAAGGGAACGUCCUUCAGUACCCAAACACUGGCAACAGGGCUUGCAUGACAUUCUGUUGGACAGUUGGGACCAUGACUCAGAUGCCAGACUGACAGCCCAGUGUGCCAGGGACAGACUAGUGUCUCUACCCCCCUGUUGCUCCAUAUGAGAUAUAGAUAUAUAUAUAUAUAUAUAAUAUUUUGGGUUAUGUAAUUAUUCCUUAGUCCAGGACCAGACUGACAGCUCAGUGUGCCAGUCUCUACUCUCAUGUUGACGUGUGUGUGGUAUUCUAUUGUAUUAUAUUCUAUACUAUUCUACAAUAUUCUCUAUAAUAUUCCAUUCUAUAAUAUUAUAUUCUAUACUAUUCAAUUCUAUAAUAUUCCAUUCUAUAAUAUUCUAUUCUAUACUAUUCAAUUCUAUAAUAUUCCAUUCUAUACUUAGUCACCUCAUUAUUGUCACUGUCACAGUUGGAAUAGAUGUGUCUGCUUGCUAUUUCAUUGACUUACACAUUUCCUACAUCUGUUUGGUUUAUUUUACCUAAUGUUUGUGCAUGCAGAAAGUGUACUGUAGUGAAACUCUAUUGGGCUCUUGCUAAAGACUUGUUGGACAUUUGUUGUAGAAUCCUAUAAACCUAGUGGUAAACCGCACAGCAGAAUCAGACGUUAGGUUGCUAAGGUACGACUGAGGUCAAAGCUGCUUUUAAAUCUACAUUUUAUGUUGGAUCACAGUAAUAUUCUCUGACAUUUUUUAUGUUGAUAUUUGUACGGUGGAGGACAGAAACGUGAUUGGAUUAUCUUUACUGAUUUUGUGCAGAAGGCUUGAAUAAAGCUUAUGGUGAUGAACAUCAUAGGCA